AUGGCCAUCAAUGACAGAUUGCUGGUUUUUGUUUCUGAUAUUCUAGUGGAACGGGAAAAUGUACAGAAGAGGACCUUCACCAGAUGGAUAAACCUACAUUUGGGAAAGUGCAAGCCUCCUCUGAAAGUGAAAGACUUGUUUAUUGAUAUACAAGAUGGCAAAAUCUUGAUGGCGCUACUGGAAGUCCUGUCAGGACAAAAGCUGAUGCACGAAUACAAAUCUUCAACCCAUCGCAUUUUUCGUUUGAACAACAUAGCCAAAGCACUUAAGUUCUUGGAGGACAGUAAUGUAAAGCUUGUUAGCAUUGAUGCAGCAGAAAUAGCAGAUGGAAAUUCCUCUCUGGUACUUGGACUAAUAUGGAAUAUAAUCUUGUUUUUUCAGAUUAAGGAGCUGACAGGCAACCUCAACAGGAACUCCUCCUCCUCCAGCCUGUCCUCCGGGCCCAGUGGUCCCGAGUCAGACACGUCCCACCCCAGCACUCCCAGCGUGGAGAGAAAUGUGUCUGUUACAGUGAAGGAUCAGAGGAAAGCCAUCAGAGCCCUUUUAAUCUGGGUUCAGAGGAAAACCAGAAAGUACGGCGUUGCAGUUCAGGACUUUGCCAGCAGUUGGAGGAGUGGCCUUGCCUUCUUAGCUAUCAUAAAAGCAAUAGACACUACUUUGGUAGACAUGAAGCAAGCACUGGAGAAAUCAGCUCGAGAAAACCUGGAGGAUGCUUUCAGCAUAGCACAAAAUAAGCUGGGUAUUCCUCGGCUCCUAGAACCAGAAGAUAUCAUGGUGGAAUCACCCGACGAACAGUCAAUUGUGACAUACGUGGCGCAAUUUCUGGAACACUUCCCGGAGCUGGAAGGGGAAGACUUUACAGAUCCUGACAAGGAGCUUCCAAUUGAGUCCACAUAUGUCCACAUCAAAGACACACCUUCAGAAAAGGAAAGCAAAAUCUUGAUUUUAAGUGAAAGUGAAGAAAACAUGUAUACCGUUAAUCACGAAAGGAGUCAUCCUGCUCCUCCAAAGGUUCACAUUCAUGACACACCUGAGAGAAUUCCAUCAGAAACCGUUCCUGAAAACUGUAAUGGGAAAUUGAGUCAAGCGUCAGGUGAUGCACAGGAAAUGUCUGAAGAGGAGCCUCAGAGGCCUACCUCACUGAAAAUUACAGGAUCCGUCAGUUUUGAAUCCAAUUCCUCUUGGGAGGUUCUAAGUGAUAAAUUCAUGCCAGGUGACAGGGGCAUAUCUGAUGAUCCUCUGAAACAGAAUGAUGACCUUUCUCCAGCUGUUCUGACAGAUCAGAAAGAUUCUGUUGACUCUUUUGAAGACUACUCUGAAGAAUUAACUAAAGAAACCUCUACUGAAUAUGACAACGAAACUAAGAGCCUUUCAGCCAAUACAUCUUCUUUGAGUCCAUUAUCCUGGACUUCAGGUAUACUUACAGAUGAAUCUAUAAAUAAAGUAGAAGAGAGCAAACCCCAAACUUCAAUUCUUUUACCAGAAGAUACCUCAAAACAAGAAGAUACGCAUAAGUAUGUUCUUCAUCUUCUAAAUGAGGAAAUACUGAAAAUUCCACAAAAUGAACAUACAAAGCAAUCACCUGUCUUUGAGACAAUAGAAACUAACCAUUGUUCACUGAAUGGUUCUAAUCUCAAAAGCCAAGAACUAUCUACACAUGAAACAUCUGAUGACUCUCUCUCAGAUGUACCUAAAAAUCCAGAGGACCUGGACAGCUGUGAUGAAGCUGAGCCUGCAGCUGAAGUGCUACCCAGUUCUUCAAAAGUAUCUGUAAUACCCCAUGAUCUCUUUUAUUAUCCGCAUUAUAAUGUUCCCAUAUCAGCAGUUUUGGAUGCUUACCUUGAGCCUUGUAUUGAAGGAUAUGAUACUGGAAAUGACAAAGCUUCUUCUGAAACAGUAAUGGAUGUUUUACAUGAGAAGGGCUUACCAGAACAGAACUACAAGGAAGAUGCUCCAGAGCCAGACUUAGGGAAUAAGCUAGGUGUCCCUCCAUCAGAAAUGGAUACUGAGAGUGGCGAGGAGGAAACAACAGAUAUUAACAGUCACAUGAAUUCUUCCAAUGAAAAAGAAGUGCCAUUACUAGUAGGAGAAGAGUUAGAAAUUGAAAAAGAUGGCAAAAAGGUCACCAACCAUCAAGAUUCCACUAUUCCACAACAUCCUGAGGACAUAGUAGAACAUCUAGAGGAUUUAUCAAUAGCCAUAAAGAGACCAGAAAAAAGUAGUAAUAGGGAGGAAGAAGGGAAAACUAUGAUCAAAGUAGAAGACUUGCAGAUCUCAGAAGGUGCCACUACUGCUCUGUCACAAGAUAAACUGGAAGAAAUUGCUGAUUAUCAGGAAUUUACCAGAACCAGUGACAGUGAUUCCAACAUUCAUCUUCGAAAAAGAUCUCCUAAUACUUCUGAGGAGGAAACCUGUGGUGUAAAUGAGCAGAAGAUGACAGAUAUGGGUGAAAAUCCAUUGAUAAUCAGGAAGAAAAAGGACUUGGAAGCAAGUGAGACUCCAGCACCAACUCAUGAGAUUACGAUUGUUGAGCAGCCAGAGAUAUUCUACUUCAUCAUUUUCUUCUGGGCGCUGGUCUACUGCCUUUUACUCCUUCCACAGCUUCUUAGCAAGAAAGUUUGA